AGUUUCAAUCUGGUUCGCGUGGGGUCCGGUCGUGUCGUUACAGUCUGAAAAAUACGCGAACUCUCGCGUGUUCAAUUGAAAUAGUAAGUCACGUGCUUUUUAACCGAAAUGUGAAGUGUAUGUAUGUAUGAGUUUCGCAUGGAUGUUUUGUUUCGUAAAUAUGUGGUUUAAGUGCUAAUAAUUGUGGAUUUAAAUUAGUUAAAAUGCUGUUGAUCAUUCUGAGUGUGUUCAUUGCACACAGCGUGUCGCACACUAUCACACUUUUGGACGUGCCCCGGUGGACUGAUCCUAAAAAAGAAGCAGAGCUACGGUGUCAGUACGCGAGGCAGCCUCUCGAUCCUCCGUUGCACUCCGUCAAAUGGUACAAAGACACUCACGAGAUCUUCAGAUACACCCCUCAAGAGCUCGAGACCAGAGCCUUCAAUAGCAGUGGAGUAAUCGUCACGAAUGAUUCAUGCAACCCCGAGGAGUGUGUCAUCACGGCGCGGCCUGAACGUGGAACCAGCAAGUUUACUUGUGAGGUCUCCAGUGAGGGGCCGCGGUUUGCCGUGGAUAGACAAUCGGCCAACAUGACGGUAGCUGUUCUACCAGAAUACGAUCCACUGAUCACGGGUCUCCCAACCAUGGUCCAGGCAGGAGAACAGGCUGUGGUCAACUGCACUUCUGAUUACUCGCUACCAGCGGCCACAAUAGAUUGGUUUGUGGAUUCAGAACCUCAAGAAGAUCCGCUCAUCACCAGUGAAAAUCACGUCUCGGGGGCUGACGGGGAUGGUCUUAGUGCUUCCUGGCGAACUCUACACGUGUACCCUGAUGACUAUCCCACACAACGGGGAUAUCUCGCUUUGAUGUGCCGCGCGACGGUGCCCACGCGACCCCCAAACGUGAGGUCGAUGUCCGUGCGACUGUACGUCGCGAGUCGACCUCAUAUUUCUACUUAUAUGUUUAGUAAAAAUAAUGCCCUGCUACCCAGCAGUAGCGUGAAGACAUUUACGCAGUACACUUGGACGUUGUUAGUUACUGUGCAAGUGUCUAUAUUUGUGACGUAAUUAAUGGACACCCUACUAUUUAACAUACGUACGAAAUGCUGUGAGUGAUUUUAAGUCUUGUUUCUAGGUGUUUAAGGUUGUAAAUUAAGAGGUAAUAUUCAUAUUAAGAUUGUCAUAUUUUGCAGCGCUUGUCAUAGAAAUAGUUUAAUUUUGAUUAUUGAAAAGAUUUGAAAACAAAAAAGAGCGCAAAUUUGGUUCUUCAUAGAAGACUGUUACAGAAGACGGUUCAAACAUAGUUACAUCGUUUUAUACCAGAGUAUUAUCGUAAAGUCUAUGACUAGAGAGUUGCUGAAUGAACAUUGGUGGUAUCGUGCAUGAUAAGGCCACAUGGUUUGCCAGCAGAGUCCCGUCUGUUUCUGUCCCGAAGAAAUGAUGCAUACCACUUUUAUGGUGGGGUUACCAUUCCAUACUACAAUCAAGAGUUCAAUCUCAUGUUACAAGGUGUAAGGCGGCAUUCACUUAAUAACCAGGACUCCGCGAACUCAUUCACGCAUCAAUGCAAUAGAGACAUUUCCAGUAGAAUGUCGUACCAUUGCUAAGAACUACGAUAUGAAAGUGACAUGACCACAUAUUCCUAAAUUCAAUCAAAAGACAUUUUGUAUGUAGUACUGUCUAUUGUUUGAAUCUUAUAUCAAAACAAAAUAAUUCGUUUAUGAGUAAUUCAGUAGAAGAUUGUAAUUUAGAUAAUCCUGGAGCUCAAACUAGACUCAGAAUCUAAACGGCAACUCCUUACCGGUAGUAAAAAUAAGAUAAGAUGUCGAUAUAAUACAGGAGUAUUAAGCGGUAGGCAGCGGCUUGGCUCUGCCCCUGGCAUUGCUGAAGUUCAUGGGCGACGGUAACUACUCACCACCAGGUGGGCCGUAUGCUCGUCUGCCUACAAGGGCAAUAAAAAAAAAGGUAUAACCAGAUUUAAAAGAAAUCCUAAUUUAAUAAAAUCAAUACUGGACCAAUUAAUGGCCAGAAUAUAAAGUUGCAAAAUUACCAUUUCAAAAAUGUUAAAUUUAUCUUACAUUGAUUCCAUAAAGUUUUUGUUUAACAGUUUCAAUGAAA